AUGUGGGGCAUGUGCCCAGAUGUGGAAGCCUGUGCCAUACCCGCCCGCCUCGCCGCUGCCGAGCACCGCGCCCGCGAGAUCCUCCGCUUCAGCCCGCUUAUAACCGACGCGUACUUCCACUAUACGCCCAGCCAAAUUAUGCUGGCCGCCCUAUCCUUUACGAACCACGGUCUCACAGAGCGCUUAAUAGCAGAAAUCUUCUAUUACAUUGUACCGCCAGCGAACAAUAGCGGUGCCGAUACCCCGGCCUUGUCCGGCCCUGACGCUCCUGCUCCUCCCGGAAAGCCUAUAAUCGGCUCUUACAUCCGAGAUAAGGUGCUCGGCACGAUCGAGGCGUAUAGGGACAUGCUCUCCAAAGAGCUUCCCGAGCAGAGGGAGCACUGGACAAAUGCAAGUAAGAAAGCUGACUCUGAAAACGGGGAUGCCGAGGACGGGACCGGCGGGGGUGCGAUGGAGGACGACGAAGCGGUCUUUGGAGGGCCCCUGCUACGGGAUCCUAAGAGAAGAAAGGUAGGGAAAGCGCUGGACGACCCUUUCGGGCCGCCUCUGUGA